GAAGCGUCGGGACGCACGGCGGGGGGGAAACAUGGGUGGUGUGGGUGAGAUUGCUUACGGAACAGCGAGCGCUGUCUUUGUAUGUGUCUAUAAGGUUUCAUAUCAUGGUGUUGGGCAUUCUGACGUCCAUUGCGGCAUGUCCUGCGAUUAUUGGCACGACCGAGGCUAUUCGACAGGGCCAGCGACAGAGUGCGAAAGAACGACACCGAGGCGUGAAGUCUGGACUCGUAGUGCAGUGCUCGACGAGGUCAGCCGCAGGACGAGAGAUCAAUGGGUGCGAGGUGGUCUUGAGUGAUAACAAGUUAUACUUGUCAGUUCCAACAGAUGAGUUCCCUGACGGUCAGCCUGACGACCAUCCAUUUGCGGGAUACUUUCUACCUUUCCCGGAGCGGUCUUGGGGCCGAUUGGGGGAAGGCUUCGUGUCUACGAUCUCGGAUGACCCGCCGCAGCUAAACUGGAUAUACGUGGAUCAGGACACAUUUGAAGUCAAGUAUGGGCUUCGCGCUGAUGCAGAGCCGCAUAUCGUUGGGCCAUGGGAUGUCACUCCGGUCGACAAAAGAGUAACCUUGGAGGGUUGGGAAGGAUUCAUCGCCGUCAAGUAUGGACCUGGGGAAUGGGCAUUGUACUUCGAUAAAGAGGAUGAUGACCUUAAAGGGAUUUUGGAUCCGGAAAUGCGGAGAAAAGAGGUUGAGCUUGUGAGAAAAGAACGCAAACAGCGUAGGCCAGGCUGACUAAAGGUGUGAAGAAAGACACAACUAUCGGAUUUUAGUUCACAAGAUUGUAUAUCAUCUUAUCGUAGUACGGAAAAGAUGUCAUAUAUUUUCCUGGGUGGACGACUUAUCUACAAGACAGAGUCGGAAUGAUGCAGAGUGAGACAAGAGUGUUGUCGUUAGGAUCUUAGAGCGCCAGGCACCAAGGCUGCAA